GGUGAAUACAAAACCAAAUCUAAGGAACAUCUCUAUGAUGUCACAUCACAAAAAGAAAAGCAAAAGAUUAGAAAACAUCAACUCGUGUUUCGCGUUAUAAAUUAAACUUUUUAACAAAAAGAAAGCAUAGUCCUAGUUACAGCCACACCAACCUUUCUAGUAGGUAAGCAGCUACGCCCUUUAUGGGUCCCUCUCUCUUUCAAACCACACAUAUACGAGAGAGAAUGUAAAUAUGUCUAUACUUAUUAUAUAAGUUAAAGAGUUAAUACUCUAAACACUGAGAAUCAUUGAGAGACUUUGGAAACAUCUAAACACGAGAGUAGAAAUUUCACCAAAUAAUGAUACAAACAAGAACUAUCUUUUCUAACUCUUACACCCAAAACAAUGUCUCACUCCUUUUGCCUUAGAUAUAUAGUUAUAUAUUCUAUAGUAUUUUAUACCAACCCAAAUCUCUAGCUCGCGUCUUUGUUACAUUUCUUGGAACACUUUGACAUCAUAAAAGCUUUACAAAACUUAACAAUGGUGAGUUCGUCACUUGGUUCCGACAAGGAGAAAAAAGGAAGUAAGCAGCCAGUGUAUCGUGGAGUUCGCAUGAGGAGUUGGGGCAAAUGGGUAUCUGAGAUACGUGAGCCACGUAAGAAGUCGAGGAUCUGGCUCGGGACUUUCCCCACGGCGGAGAUGGCCAUGCGUGCUCACGACGUGGCGGCUUUGAGUAUCAAGGGAAGUUCCGCUAUACUAAACUUCCCUGAGCUCUCGGAUUCUCUCCCUCGACCCGCUUCGCUCAGCCCUCGUGACGUCAGAGCUGCGGCCACCAAAGCGGCUCUCAUGGACUUUGGUUCGACGGUAAGGUCUGAGAGUGAGACGAGCGAAGAAACGGCAGUGUCCGGUCAAAAGUCAGAGAGUGAGAGUAACGAAACGACGACGUCGAGUAAAAGGUCGGAGAGUGAGACUAGUGAAACGGCGUCGUUCUCUUCAUUCUCGGUGACGAGUGUUGAUGAGGACAGUACAGUCUCGGACGAUUUGGACAACAUCGUCGAGUUGCCGAGUCUUGGAACGAGUUUAGACGAGUCAAGCGAGUUUGUGUUUUUUGACUCGUUGGAGGAUUUGGUGUUCUUGCCGUCAUGGUCACUGAGUGGUACGGUAGAUGAUUUUACGUAUGACAAUGAUUCUCUGCUGAACUCGGUUUUUCAAGAAAGCUUUUCUUGGAAACAUUUUCCUGAAAAUUAAAUUAAAAUCGUAUUUAUUUUUUUGUUUUGUUGGCUUUAGUUUUCAUGGGAUUCUCUUAUGGUUUUUUUAUUUGCGUGAGAUAUCUCCAAGAAAGAUGAUGAAAUGUAAGUGUGUAUACUCUUGGGUUUAGCUGAAAUAAUGACAGCAGUGUAGUGUUUUGAGGUU